AUGCAUCUCGUCACCCUCAACCUCACUGAUCUCUUCAUCAACCUCAUGCGUGGCACUCUCCACUGCGACGGCACGGACGACCGGGAUUUCUGGGACUUCGCCUGCUUGCGCGACAAGGACGUGUGGCGCGAGCACGGGAAGCUAGUCGCGGACUCGACGCGCUACCUGCCGGGCUCGUUCGGACGUCCACCACGCAACCCCGCCGAGAAGAUUUCCAGCGGCUACAAGGCCUGGGAGUUCUCGCUGUACAACUGGGGUUUCCUUCCUGGCUUUCUACGUCAUCUGCUCCUCCCCAUGUACUACAUCCACUUCUGCAAACUUGUCUUCGCCAUACGCAUUCUUCUCCAGUACGAGAUCCAUGUCGACCAGCUCCGCAUCGCGCGCCAGCGUCUCGUCGAGCACGCCGAAGAGUUUGAGACCCUAUACUGCAAACGCCGCCCGGACCGCAUGCACUUCGUACGCCCCAGUGUCCACGCGUCCAUGCACAUGGCGCCCGAGGCAUACCGCGCCGGACCCGGGAGCCUCUACAGCCAGUGGGCGAUGGAGAAUUAUAUUGGAAAUAUCACACGCGAAAUGAAGCAACAUGUCACGCCAUACGCCAACGUCUCCGAGCGCGCCCUCGCGCGAUGCCAGGUUAAUGCCCUCAUGUCGUUGUACCCCUCCCUCGCUCCCGCCGACAUCCCACCGCGCGGAUCUGUCGACCUCGGCGACGGCUUCCGCCUUCUUCGUCGCCAGGAGCGGAGCCCUCACAAUCUCACUCACCAGCUCGAGCAGGACGCCAUCCUCGCGCUGCUGGCGGAGCACGCAGUCAUCAUCGACCCGCGCUGGAGACCAUCUGUACAGCGUUGGGCUCGCCUCCGGCUCCCGAACGGGCAGAUUGCACGCAGCGCAUGGCUCGAGGUGGCCCGCGAGGAGCGCGGGCUGUUCCCGCGACGCGCGCGCAUGCUCACGCAGACCCGGUUCGUCGAGGUCAUGUAUUAUUUCCAGUACGACAUCCAUGACGUUGUCCACAACUUUGCUAUGGUUUCCGAAUUCUCCUCCCCCGACCCCACCAUCGCACGCGAGACGUUCGGCGUUCUGCUCGCCUGCCUCCACCGUGGAGAUCUUUCCCGCAGGAUCAUCGACGUCAAGGAGAUAGUGUCCGCAGUCGGCAUGGUGCCGUUGCCUACGACGGCCGAGGAACGCGCGCGCGACCCCACGGGGACGUUAUAUGCUGAUCGUUAUUUUGUUGUAGAAAAACCCGGUUUGGAGGUUGCAGUGCUUGGUGGUAUUGAGGAGGAUGACGACGACGAUGAUGACGACGACGACAUCUAG